UUAUAUUACGUUUGCAUGGCGUCGUAAACAUGGCUGCCGGGCCGAUUGCAGAAAGAAAUCAAGAUGCAACAGUUUAUGUUGGCGGGUUGGAUGAGAAAGUGUCUGAAGCUAUACUCUGGGAGCUGUUUCUACAGGCAGGACCUGUAGUGAAUGUUCAUAUGCCAAAAGACAGAGUAACACAAGCACAUCAAGGUUAUGGAUUUGUGGAAUUUAUGGGGGAGGAGGAUGCAGACUAUGCCAUCAAAAUCAUGAACAUGAUCAAAAUGUAUGGGAAGCCCAUUAGAGUAAAUAAGGCCUCAGCAAACCAGAGGAAUCUUGACGUAGGUGCCAACAUAUUUAUUGGAAACUUGGAUCCUGAAGUGGAUGAAAAACUACUUUACGACACAUUUAGUGCUUUCGGUGUGAUAUUACAAACGCCAAAGAUCAUGAGAGAUCCUGAUACAGGGAAUUCUAAGGGUUAUGCUUUCAUCAACUUUGCCAGUUUUGAGGCAGCCGAUUCAGCCAUAGAAGCAAUGAAUGGACAGUUUUUGUGCAAUAGAGCUAUCAGUAUAUCAUACGCAUUCAGAAAAGAUUCCAAAGGAGAGAGACAUGGUUCAGCAGCAGAACGCAUGAUGGCAGCAAAGAAUCCAUUAUCACUAACAGACAGACCUCAUCAGUUAUUUGCAGAUGCUCCUCCCCCUCAGCAACCCCCAGCCCCGGCUGGCAGUGUAGUGCCACCCCCGCCUCCUCCUGUACAACAGAUGGCUCCAGGACAAGCUCCAGGUGGGCCAGUUUCAACAACACAGACUUCUUUGCCCCCUCCGGUACCUCCCCCUAUGGGAGCCCCAGUACCUCCACCAGCGUCAGGAGCACCUCCUAUGAUGCCUCCGCCAGUACCUCCCUCAGGGAUGCCACCAUUCGGCGGACUUCCACCAGGUGCAGGACCAAUGGGGGCACCACCAUUUAUGCCACCAGGAAUGGGCAGACCUCCACCCCCUGGACCUCCCCCAAGCUCAAUGGCAAAUAUGCCACCACAAGGAAUGCCUCCAAGGCCUGGUAUACCCCCUCCCCCAGCUCCGCCCAUGAACCCAACAUCGUCAUCACAACAGAUGGGAAGCUUCCCACCCCAACCACCAUCAACUCAACAAGCGGGUAUGGGUGGUGGUCCUCCGCCAGGAAUGGGCCCGCCCCCAGGGAUGCGACCUCCACCCCCAGGCUGGAGAGGUCCACCUCCUCGUGGACUGCCUCCUCCUCCAUUUGGUAUGAGAGGCCCACCUCCAGGAAUGCGUCCACCUCCUCCAGGUAUGGGACCGCCCCGAGGCCCUGGUAUGAGAGGACCACCAGGCCCACCUCCACCAAGGGGUAUGAGACCCCCUCCCCCAGGAAUGAGAGGACCUCCCCCGCCACCACCUCCUCAAGGGGGAGGUAACUAUGACAGUUAUGAGGGCGGAUACUGAAGAAUCUCGUCUGGCCUAUGGGGAAAUGUUGACUUGAAAAAGUACUGGAAAAUGGUACUAAAACGGGAAUAAUGAUCUCAGUGUGAAGGAAUAGGCAUAGAAACAGCUUUUCCGUUAAUAUUCAGUACAGCUGAGUUAAAUGGAGUGAGGUCAGAAAUGAUACCGAGUUGUUAUGUUUUAGUUAUCAAAACAAAAAGGCGAACAUUACAAUAUGCUAACCAUUGAAGACUCAUUAUUUUGUUGUAAACGCUCUGUGGGCAUUGGACUGCAACAAAAAUAGAUGUAAUGAAUUAAAAGUUGUGAAGAGUUUUAGAUAAACCAAAUGUGGUUAUUGAAAUAGCACGGUACCCAUCUUAUAUUUUGUUAAAUUUUUAUUUGUUUAUUAUCCUUAAUGUCAGUGGUUCCAGGUGCCAGAAGCAGUGCCCAAUGAUACACAUGGGAUCUUCUUCCGCCAUCAACAGCUGGAGAACUAUAAUUAAACCAAACUAAAAAAAAAAAUUGUGAGAUAUUUAACAGAAAAUGCAUUCAGGCUAACAGUCUGAAAUGUGAAUAUUGAAAAUAUGAGAAGUGUGUUACUAUUGAUCAUGUAAGCUGUGCUGUUAUAUUGUACAUGAAAAAGGAUUGAUGUAAAUAUGUACUUAAAUAUGCUCUUAAAAAUUUGCAAAUGAAUAAAUGUGUUCAUACUGAA